CCAGAACAGACAUCUGAGAAGAGAACUCAUCCAAGGUGGGAAGAUCUUUCAAGUCAGAAUACAAGAGGCAUGGUGACCAUGAACAUUGAAACAGUUUAGAUUGUAAUUUGUCCACAGAUGGUAAUACUGAUCUAGCAGCAACUACAGGCACUUGAAGACAUUCCCUGUGUGCCUGUCAGAAACAGCUGACUGCUUUUCAUCAGUCCUCAUGUUUCGCAAGGCUGCUUUCUUCUGCUCCCUGCAAGUGGACUGGGAUCAUCUCAGGAGAGCAUCUCAUAUGGCGGCAGUGUUCCACAGAUGUCCUUUCUUCUCCAUUGGACCGGUUGUCCUGCAUUUGGCAGAGCACUCAUGGCUGCUGAGCUCUGCUCACAAGUGUCCUGUAAUCAGGCAUCUAGUCUCGGGGCCAUUAGGCCGAACUCCGUCCUCUUCUUCCUCUCUGUCCACGGCAACUGACCCAACAGGUGAAAGCAAGUUGCCUCCUUGCCACAUUAAGCCUCUGGCUGUGGUCUUCAAGUGCCCUUUCUUGGAUGCAGAGGUCGUCCAGACUAGCCAUAACGUAGUGAGGGAGGAUGUCACAAAAACCCAAACUGGAACAUGUGUGGUGGACAAAUCCAUCAUGGACACUAAGAAGACCAGUACACUUGACUUUGUCAAACCCAUGACCUCCAAAGCAUCUCACUUUUUGAAGGAUAACCUUCCUAAAGGUGUGAGCUUCCAGUAUGACGGCUUCUUUGAGGAGAAAAUAAUGGGCAAGAAAAGAGAUCACAGCUACAGAGUUUUUAAGACGCUCAACCGGCGUGCGCCUUCCUUCCCCAUGGCGGUCGACUACUCAGACGGUGUGGGUUUAAAGAAAGACGUGGCGGUGUGGUGCAGCAACGACUACCUGGGCAUGAGUGGCCACCCCAAAGUCACACAGGCCAUGUUGGAGACUUUGCAAAAUCACGGUGCUGGUGCAGGAGGCACCAGAAGUAUCUCCGGGACAAGUCAAUUCCAUGUGGACCUGGAGCUCGAGCUGGCUGACCUGCACGGCAAAGAUGCCGCUCUGCUCUUCACUUCCUGUUUUGUAGCCAACGACUCCACAUUGUUCACCUUGGCUCGGAUGUUGCCAGGCUGCCUGAUCUACUCGGACGCUGGCAACCAUGCUUCUAUGAUCCAAGGCAUCGCCAACAGUGGAGUCAAGAAGUAUGUCUUCCGCCACAAUGAUGUCAGCCACCUGCGAGAGCUGCUGGAGAGCUCGGACCCUUCUGUUCCAAAGAUCGUUGCCUUUGAGACGGUGCAUUCGAUGGACGGGGCAGUGUGCCCACUGGAGCAACUCUGCGACGUUGCCCACGCUUUUGGUGCCAUCACCUUUGUGGAUGAGGUGCAUGCUGUGGGCCUGUACGGGUCCAGAGGAGGGGGGAUUGGAGACCGAGACCGAGUCACCAACAAGAUGGACAUCAUCUCCGCUACCCUGGGCAAGGCAUUUGGCUGCGCGGGCGGUUACAUUGCAAGCACCGCCGCCCUGGUGGACAUGGUGAGGUCCUACGCCGCGGGCUUCAUUUUCACCACUUCUCUACCUCCCAUGCUGCUGGCCGGAGCCAAGGAAUCUGUCAAGGUCCUCAAAAGUGACGAAGGCCGAGUGCUCAGGAGGAAACACCAGAGGAGUGUCAGGCUGCUCCGACAGAUCCUCUUGGACUCGGGUCUUCCACUCGUCCACUGCCCAAGUCACAUCAUUCCUAUCAGGGUGGCAGAUGCGGAGAAGAACACAAAGAUCUGCGACAUCAUGCUGUCUCGUUACAACAUCUACGUCCAGGCAAUCAACUACCCCACUGUGGCCAAAGGGGAGGAGCUACUUCGCGUCGCCCCGACGCCACACCACACCCCCAAGAUGAUGUACGACUUUGUUGACUGUCUGCUGAAAACCUGGACAGAAGUUGGCCUGCAGCUGCAAGCACACUCGUCAGCCGAGUGCACCUUUUGUCAGCAGCCUCUUCACGUGGGUCUGAUGAGUGAGCGGGAAAUGUCCUACUUUACUGGCCUCAGUCACGUGGUCUCAGCCGCAGGUUAGCAUCCUUGUUAUCCCAGCCAUGUGUUGAAAUAUAUCUUGUGUGCUCGACAUGGAUGCUAUCUGGGCAAAUAAAGUGAAAGUAAAUGUUGGAUUAGGAUUCUGUACAUAUUGAUUAUCUAAAAUACGGCCCAUUAAGAUUUUCAACCCAGCUUGCCGGACAUUUCCACAUUUUUUUUAAACCUUCAACAUGGAAAUUGUAGCCGCCAAUAUGAUGUGCUUUCAGAUUACCGUAAACCUUCAACUAUAGAACGUAUUCCAAUCGCUUUUGAGUGAUAUACGGGUUAUUACAGGCAGAGUGGGCGUUUUUUUUUUACAGCAGCCAGCCUGAAAGCAGAUUUUAUAACAAAGUUCUGCAAAAAAGUGAUAUAUCAGAUUGUAGGUGUUUUUUUCACCCUUUAGGGCAGGGGUCCCCAAACCUUUUGACUCGGGGGCCGCAUUGGGUUAAAAAAAUUUGGCCGGCGGCCGGGCUGUAUAUAUAUAUAUAUAUAUAUAUAUAUAUAUAUAUAUAUAUAUAUAUAUAUAUAUAUAUAUAUAUAUAUAUAUAUAUAUAUAUAUAUAUAUAUAUACAUUGUCUUUAUCUUCCAGCGAGUUAAUCCGUUUUAUUUAACAUCAAUUAACAUUGAUGUUCAUCAACAUUUAACAUUGUCACGUUAUCGAUGGGAAAAUUCAUUUUUAGACAAUAUGAUUUGCCUGAGCGGCUAGGAGACACCAAGAGUAACAAGCAGUAUAAAAUGGAUUAGAAAGGAAAGAUAAAAUUUAAAAAUAAAUAAAUAAAUAAAAAAUAAAAAUUCAAACAAUUAACUUGGGACUUCCCGUGGGCCGGAUUUUGGAUGCUGGGGGCCCGUAUCCGGCCCGCGGGCCGUAGUUUGGGGACCCCUGCUUUAGGGUGUUCAUAUUUCGCCGUGUUUGUUUCAAAAGAGGAGCGACAUUCAUAUGUUUUUAAUAUUCAGUGUUUUAUCGUCCAUACUUAAUAUUGUAAAUCCCACAUUUCUUUACUUUCAUGUACUUCCUGGAUGUCUA